GCGCGCAUGUGCCGCGCCCGCCCCUCCCCCGCGCGGCGGCCGGAGCCAGCGGCAGCGGCGGGGCAGGAUGAAGGACCGGACCGGGGAGCUGCGCGCCGCGAAGGACAGUGAUGACGAUGAUGAAGUUACCGUCAGUGUGGAUCGGGACCGCUUCAUGGACGAGUUCUUUGAGCAGGUGGAAGAAAUUCGAGGGUUCAUUGAUAAAAUUUCAGAGAACGUGGAAGAAGUGAAGAGGAAGCACAGCGCCAUUCUUGCUUCACCCAACCCCGAUGAGAAAACGAAGGAGGAGCUGGAAGAGCUGAUGUCUGACAUAAAGAAGACAGCGAACAAAGUGCGCUCCAAGCUAAAGAGUAUUGAGCAGAGUAUUGAACAAGAGGAAGGACUGAACAGGUCGUCUGCUGACCUGCGGAUAAGGAAAACUCAGCACUCGACACUGUCGCGCAAGUUUGUGGAGGUGAUGUCCGAGUACAACGCAACGCAGACCGACUAUCGGGAGCGCUGCAAGGGCAGGAUUCAGAGGCAGCUGGAAAUCACUGGCAGGACCACCACCAGCGAGGAGCUGGAGGACAUGCUGGAGAGCGGCAACCCAGCCAUCUUCUCCUCUGGGAUCAUUAUGGAUUCAAACAUCACCAAGCAGGCACUGAAUGAGAUUGAGACAAGGCACAGUGAGAUCAUCAAACUGGAGAACAGCAUCCGAGAGCUGCAUGACAUGUUCAUGGACAUGGCCAUGCUGGUGGAGAGCCAGGGUGAGAUGAUCGACCGCAUUGAGUACAAUGUGGAGCACUCAGUGGACUACGUGGAGAGGGCUGUGUCUGACACCAAAAAAGCAGUGAAGUACCAGAGCAAAGCCAGACGGAAGAAGAUCAUGAUCAUAAUCUGCUGUGUGAUCCUGGGUAUCGUCAUUGCCUCCACCUUCGGCGGCAUUUUCGGCUAGACUCACCCCACGGGACUGUUUGUGUGCGAUGGACGGAGCCGCGCGCGCCAUGGGGCCGCAGCCGUGCCGGAGCGAACCACGCAGCCCUGGAGCCUCCCAGCAGCAUUUCAGUUUCUAAUGCAUGGUUGUUUGUGACGCUGUGUGUGCGGUGCGUCUGUGUGGAGGGAGUGCCAGCCCCAGGGCGCAGGCAGGGUGCGGGGGACAGUGAUGGGCGCAAGGGGGACCCUGGGAGGCCGGGGAGGAGGGGGGGGAACCCAAGCUCUCAUCACUGCUCCAGCCCGAGUGGCUGACUGGGACCAGGUGGGGACAGAGGUGCCCUUGGGCACUGCUGCUCCGCCUGUGCUGGGCAGUCUGUUAGUGACCGUCGAGGAUGAGGAUGGAUGGUGUUAGGGGCCCUCGGGAGCACAGUGCCCAGUCAACCUCCCCCAGCUUCCCCGUCACCUCCAGCCAGAAGCUCUCAUGUCUCAGCUGCCUCUGUGCUUGCAAACACCUUCCCUCAGGCUGCUUCUCUCCCAGGGCCCUUUCCAGAGGUGUGCUCUGCCAGGCCCUGCCUGUCCCCAACCCUGCCCACGUCUGGCUGUGGGGCUCCGUCCCUGCUGCCCUGCCGAUGGCAGGGCUGCCCCCUCCCUAGGCAGGGCACUUAGGGAGCGAGUGCCAGGGGCUGGACGUGCAGCCGCUGGUGGUGGGUGCCUGGUGGAGCAGGGUGGGAUGAGGAGCUGCUGCUUGGGGCCCUCGUGGUUGCUUGGGGAUGGGAACAGGCUACAGUGGGACCUGUGCUGCACCCUGGUGCUGGCCCAGCAGAGCAGGAGGGGCACAGAUACUUUAAAGCCAGCAUGUUUCACAGGUUGCUCACCCUGCACCAAAGCCUCAUUGUUCUGUUCUUAGCCCUGGCACACAGCAGCCCUGGGUCCUGCUGCUCCCAGGCCUGGGCUCUGGCUGUCAGGGAUUGGGGCUGGCUCUGAUGCCCACAGCCUCAGGCAGUGCUUGCCUGGGAGCAAGGCUGCUUCCAGCCUCUCUUUUUCCCAUAGGCAGCCAGGGCAGGGGGUUGGAGGCAGUUAGGCUUUCUCCUGUCAUGGUGCCAGGAGCAGCCCUUGUUGCAGUGAUCCCCCUGCAAGCUAGGAGCAGCAGACUUCCUCCUCAUUUAUCCUACCAGCUCCUGAGCACAGCAACGCCUCCUGCCCCUUCCAUCUCUUCGCCACCUCUUGGCAUCUGUCUGCCCCUGGCACCUUCUCCUGGCGCAGUGCCCUUCUGCCAGCUCAUCCCUUGGGCCAUCCAGUGAGGCAACCACACUCAGUGGGGUGCUGUGGGCAGACACCUGGGUGCCCUGUGCUCUCCACUACAUGGAUGCAGCCACUGUGGGAUGGCCUGAGCCUGAUGGCAGUGGAGGGACCCUGUGUUGCCACUGUCCGUUUUUCUCAGGCUGGGGAAGGGUUCUGCCCUCACAUUCCUCCAGAGGCUCAAGGGCUCCACUGGCCCACGCACAUGCCAAAGCACCACAGAGGAGCCCAGAGCAGGGUAGGCACCUGAGGCCGAGCUCACAGCCACGCACAUCUGGAAGGAGCCUAGAUACUGGUAGCAGAAAAAGGGCACUUGAUGGCAGUGCGUAUUCCAGCUGCAGGUAACAUCUCUGCUCCAACCCCACACUCCCCCACCCUGGCUGGGUGCUGUAACACAGGCACUGGCUCACUGUGUAGUGUACAUGGGCGCAGGGUGAAAGGCAGCGCGCUGUAGCCGAUACAGCGCUGCCUUCACCCGGUGCAGCCCUGCUCAGCAGCAACCUAGGCACAGCUCUUGCCCUGACACUGUUACCUGAGGUCCCACAAUACCUGAUCGCAUUCAGCCACCCUUGGGAAGUGUGUCCAGCCCAGUCCCCUGCCCUGCCCAAGCCCCAGCCGGUGCGGCCAGAGCCCCCUUCUUUCACAGUCCCAUUCUUUCACAGUCCCACAACCACCGAUGUGAGGUACAGCACUGCAGCCUGUGUGUGCGAGAGGGCUUGGGCCACCGGGACCCCUGCAAGCAGGAGCAGGCUGGCUCUGGAGCCCCACUCCAGGGCAGGAGGCUGACAUGGGCAGGCUCUUUGCUCUGUGGGGAUGUCUGGCUACAGGAAAGUGAGCUGGAGGUGAUGCAGGAGUGCGUGCUGCUCCUGCCCCUGCCAUCACAGUCUGUGAGCGCUGGCCCCCCCGCUCCGGGAAGCAAUAACACUGCUGGCAGGGCUGCUCCUGGGCAGGCAGGCAAAAGAGCUCCUCUCAGGCCCUCACCCUGCAGAGAUGCUCACUGCUAGCACAAAGUGACUUUUUUCUCUUCCAAGCAGUGGCUUUUGUGGCACAAGCUGACAAUAAUCCGGGCUGUGGCCCAGCCCCGUCAAAGCACGAGCCCAAGAACAGCACUGGGAAGAUUCUGGCACUUGCUGCUCCCUUGUUGGUACCACCACCGUCGGCAGCCCCCCCCAGCAGCAGAAGCCAGGCAGGGACACAGUCGGUGAUUCUGCAGGCAGUGGUGGUGCCAGCCUCUGAUGCAAGGGAGGCAGAGGAGUAAGCUGCCAUUGCUGCCCCGCAGGCAGGCUCACACUGUCCUCACUUGUGAGGUGCAAUAAUUACCCCUGCACUAUGGGAAGCCCCAUUCAGUUCCUUUUUACCCACCCGUCGUUGCAUGUACAGACCAAAUCACCAACAGUGUGGUUGUGCUUUGGGGAGACAUUUCACUCUUUCUUUCCAGCCCCCAACCUCACACUACUUGUCCUUUGGAUUACACCACCUCUGUUCCAAGUGCCACCUGCCCUCCCAGCGCCGGGAGCGUGUCAAUGCAGUAUUCCAUGAGCAGUGUGGGGCACGCACAGCUUGCACUCGAACUGGGGAUUGGUUUUUUUGUAAUUAAUGUACUUGAAGGCUUUCCGAGCCUCCUGUGGAGUUGUACUGUUGCUGUACUGUGAGCUAAGUGUCCUUGUUUUCUAUGUGGAUCUUGACCCUGGCUUGCUCUGUCUCACUGGGCUGGAUGACACUGUAUGUUGCCUCUUUUCUUCUUCACCUUUUCCCUCCCUGCUAGCUUCUCUUUCCUCUCCCAAAGCUUUGGGUGAAAAACAGCUUCCCAUUUUGUGGAAUUUUUAUGUAGAAUAAACAUUUGUAACUGUAAA